AUGAAUAUUAUCUUGGAACAUACUGAAGAUGGAGUUACGAUUCCUCACAGAACCUAUCUAAAAACUCCUGCUGAGUUUUCAGAUGAGGAUAAUGAGCUUAUUCAACUCGACUUGAAUCUACAUCUCAUUCUGAUUGAUUCUUUGGAUCGUGUCAUGUACAAUAAUGUUGUUGAUUGUACAAGUGCAAAGCAGAUAUGGGAUACUCUGCAAAUAAUCAAUGAGGGAUCUGAGGAAGUCCGGGAAAACAAGAAGGAAAUUCUUGUGGCUCAAUACGAGCAAUUUGGUUCUAAUCCCGGAGAAGGGAUUUCUGAAGUGUUCAUCAGAUUCAACAAUUUGAUUAAUAAUCUGAAUCUGAACGGGAAACACUAUGAUAACAAAGAGGUGAACCUAAAGUUUUUGUUGACACUCCCUGAGCAUCUAGAACAUCGGAUAACUACCAUCAGAGAGAGCAGAGAUCUGUCAGAGAUUUCACUAGAAAAACUCUAUGGCGUUCGGAAAACCUAUGAGUUGGAACAGGUCCAGAUGAAACAAAGAUACGGAUGGGGGAAAACGAUCAACGCGUCUACAUCUAUCAGCAAUUCUACUGCCCUCGUAAUAGAAUCACCUAUUGUGAAAGAGCGGAAGGUUGUUGUACCUUCCAAAUGCACCCAAGAGUAUGUGGUUCCUGAAAUUGGACAUACGUCAACAAAUAUGGGUGAUGAUGAAUUCUACUCUAUGGAAGAGUUAGAUCAGCUUGAGGACGAAUCUCUUGCUAUGUUUGCUAGGAAGUUUGGCAACAUGAGAUUCAGGAGGAAUCCCUCAUACAAAUUUAAAUAUUCUGGUAAUAAAUUCCAGAAAGGGGGAUCUUCGUCCACUUCAAAAGGGGCUUACAAAACUGGGAUGGUUGAUCGAAGCAAGUUCAAAUACUUCAACUGUGAUGAGCCUGGUCAUUUUGCAUCGGAGUGCAAGAAGCCCAAUCAGCUGGAAAAGAAGAAAGAAUCCUAUGACGAGCUAAAGCAGAAGUAUGAGGCUCUGCUCUCCAUCAAGGCCAAAGCAGCCAAGGGAAGUCCUAUGUGGCAAAAGGAAAAAGCUGGGAUGACACAGACAGUGAUGAGGAGGAAGAGCGGGGGAAUGUUGCUCUAA